AUGGCCAGCACAGAAGUUUCCGCUCCCAAGCCUGGCACUAGCCAGCCAAUUCAACAAAUAGAUGUGUCAAGCUCUUGGUGUGGUCCUGGACCCGCGGCUUACGACUUCCGCACCGACACCAUAACGACACCGUCGCUGUCCAUGCUGCAAACCAUCGCGCAAUGCUCGCUCAUGGACGACGUCUAUCAUGAGGAUCAAACAACAACCCAAUUCGAGAAGUUCAUGGCAGACUUGACUGGCAAAGAGGCCAGCCUCCUGGUCAUGUCGGGAACAAUGGGAAAUCAGAUCGCCCUCCGCUCACUCUUGACACAGCCGCCGCACGCCAUUCUCUGUCACGAACGCUCUCACAUCCUGAACUCUGAGGCCGGAGGUUGUUCAUCUCUUUCUCAGGCACACAUGCAAUCCUGCGUCCCGGCCAACGGUCAGUACCUGACCUUAGAGGACAUCAAACGAACGGCCGUCAUUAGCAACAACAUUCAUGUCGCUCCAACCAGGGUCAUUUCACUAGAAAUUACCCUAGCCGGAGUCAUCACUCCCCUUGACGAGGUCCGAAAGAUAUCCCUGUUUGCUCACUCCAACAGUAUCAAAAUGCACUUGGACGGCGCGAGAAUCUGGGAGGCCGUGGCCGCAGGUGCCGGUCCAUUGACCGACUAUUUGGAGUGCUUUGACACUGCGCAGAUGUGCUUCUCAAAAGGGCUAGGUGCGCCCAUUGGAAGUAUUAUCGUGGGUCCGAAGGCCACUCUAGAGCACUGCAGAUGGGUGCGAAAGAGCAUUGGAGGAGGUAUCCGACAAGCUGGAAUCAUAUCGGCUGCCGCGCGGGUGGCAGUUGAGGACAACUUUGGCAAAGGGCCUAACGGGGAAGGUGGUCGACUUCGAGAAACCCACAAGAAAGCUAAGAUAAUCGAGAAAAUGUGGCUCGAUCGCGGUGGUACAGUCAGCCGGCCUGUUGAGACAAAUAUGGUAGUAUUGGACCUUUCUUCCAGCAGGAUCACGGCAGAUGAAGCAAUCCGUGUUGGUAAAGAAGAGGGAGUAAAAUUGAUGGGUGCAAGAAUUGUGGUUCACCAUCAGAUCACCGUCGAGGCCAUGGAUCGGAUAGAGAAGGUUUUCGAUCGUUUGAUGGCUCACCGGCAGAGCACGAAUAUGAUACUUGACGAGGUAGAAACAGUAUACAGGUAG